AUGUGUGGAGAUGCUGGAGCUGUUGCAAUUUCUGCAGAAGUUGUUUUUGCAAAAGUGGUUUCUGCAGAAGCUGUUUCUGCUGGAGUUGUUGCAACUUCUGUUGGAGCUACUGUUGGGUAUUGCCAAUGCCCUUUCCAGCAUAUUUCGAUUCAACAAUCUGAAACUGGAAUUGUGGUGCAAGAAAAGCCGGUGUGGAAUGUGGCAAUUAACAACAAUAACCCAUGUACCAUAUCGGGCCUAAAAUUAGAUUGCGCUGGUUUUCGGACUGUGAAAAGAGUUGACCCUUCGAUAUUGAGCGUAUCGGGUGCAGUGUGUCUUGCUAAUGGUGGCGCACCCAUCUCUGGAUAUUCCAAACUCAACUUUACCUAUGCUUGGGCUCCUUCAUUCCCAUUUAAGCCACUAAACUGUUUAAUUUCUUGUAGUUAA